GUACGGGACAGAGACAGCAGCCUGCGUGCAUCGAAGGGGCUCGUCGCUCUUUCCUUUAAGUGAAUCUGCGAAGCGAGCGGCGGCGGACGCGCAGCAUCAGUAGCCCUACACACCGAGAGGCUCGCAACAGCUGGUCCUCCCUGCACCCCCGACGAAAGAGAAACAAACCCGGAGAGGGACGGUAGGGAGAGAGGGGGGCAUGCGGUCAAAGAGGACGCCGUUUCCCCCCGGAGAGCCAUGGAGAACCGGGAUGCGGCAGCGCGAAGCUUAAUCUGUGCGGGCGCGCUAAUUGGAUCGGAAUAGCACCGAUUGCUGCGGGCGCGAUAGAAGAGCGCCCUGGACCGGCGGAGGCACGGCACCCCACCGCUACAGGAGGAGAACCAACCGGACUCCAUCUCCCCCCCAAGUCAAUGAGUAUUGUGGCAGAGCAGCCCCCGCGGUGGAGUCGGCCAGGGCAGCACUUUUCUAAAAUAUGACCAGGGGUGCUUGGAUGCGUCGGCAGCAUGAUGAAGGCUUAAAAUACUGGUUUGCACCCCGAGAGAACGAGAAGCCGUUCACCGAGUCAGAGCGGGCCCAGAGAUGGCGACUGUCGCUGGCCUCUCUGCUGUUCAUCACCGUCCUGCUCUCUGAUCACUUGUGGUUCUGCGCCGAGGCGAAACUGACGCGGACCCGAGACAAGCGGUGGGACGCGGGGCUCGCAAUUACGGACACGAUGGGCGAGCACCCGAACUCCCUCCACCGCCACCACGUCCCAACAUCACCCGAUCCCCGCCGUCUCGCCAGAGAGCAAGAUGUUAUUUUUCUAGGGAAUUCUACCAAAUCUCUGUGGCGAAUGGACGCCUGUCACCCCGACAGCCUGUCCAAAGACUGCUUCACUUUCACGGACGCGGAGACCGUGUGCCUGGGCCUCUCCGGUGGAGGUGGCAAGGGGACGCAGCUGGCGUACGUGAAUCUGAGCGAUUUGUACCUUUCUUUUUGUAAUUCCUACUCACUUUUGGAUUUGUUUUACGGGUUUACGAGUCCGGUCGAUUUGAAUUGCACCCUGGAUAUGGCCAUGGGGGUGGAUCUGCUGGGAUGCAGCGAGUGCGUCCGGGCUUAUCAGCGUCUUGACCUGGAGGCGGAGGAGAACUACCGGGAGUUUGAGCUGCUGGUUCAGAAAUACGAGACGGAUGCGUACUCGGUCAGGACGUGCAUGGAGGAAUGCAAGAUGGUGUAUAAGCCCUGGCUGUGUUCUCAGUACUUCCAGACCACCCAGAUCCACUGCAGCAAGCGAAUCCCCUGUGGUCAGUACUGCCUGGAGGUGCAGCAGCGGUGCCCCUUCGUCCUGCCCGAUAACGAUGAUCUCAUUCAUGGAGGCAGCCCCAGUUUUAUAUGCACAGGGCUGUUGGAGGACUAUCCUUCAGGUGUGGACCCAGAUGCAGAGUGCUGCGAUGUGCGGUGGGACUUGAAAGUGGACAACCGAACCCGGGGGACCCUGAAAAGAACUCACCCGCCAUGCCAGCACCGUACCUCCCUCAGCUCCUCGGCAGCCUGCAGACUGUGUAACAGCCGGCUCAAACUCUGCCUGCUGGUCCUCGUACUCCUACACACUGUUGCCAGCCUCACUGCAUCCCACAAUGCAACAGGACUGGGCCUCCCUGCCAUCACGCCUCUGGAGGAGAGCCCUGCCAAUGAGGAGUGAUGGAGCUGCCAGGAGGAGGUGAGGUUGUCGGGUUUGGGGAUUCCCUCACCAUGGCAACCGGAGGAUGUGGAAAAGUACAGCCACGGGAGCUGUGUGCCUGUGGAGGCUCUGCAACGCUUUCUAGCGAACGGAAAAUGUGGGACGCUUUGAGACGAAAGACACACACAAAUCAAUCAAAACGAAUAAAUAAGUAGACAAACAGACAAACAAAGGGAGUCAACCGGUCCCUUUGUUAGUAAAGGGGACAAUGCCACAGCCUUUGUUGAGAGGGAAGGUCGGCUUCCUCACAGAAGUUUCUCUCACUACGCUUUUUUACACUGUGUUCCAAUUCUUGGUUUCUGUUGCACUGGCUGACUAUGGAAUAACACAAUCAUAUUCUCUUUCUAAUGUUCAUCCUUUGUGUUUG